AUAUCUAAGUUUCUGUCUCUUUCAAAUUAUAGUAAACCAUACACAAGUAUUAUUAGCUUAUCGGUUUUAUGCAAGUCGUGCAAUUGUUACUCCAACAACUCAAAAACGGGGACUAAAAAAGCAUCACCAUAGUAGCAUAUAGCAGAAAGCAUUCGUUUUCAUAUCACGUGUUAAUCAUUGGGCAUUUUCAUGGGUCGCAAAAAUGGCAUGAACUAAAAUGUGGGUGGUAAUGUAUACAAUAGAAUCAAGUUCUAACUGAAGUGGCGGUUUGGCGAUCGGAGAGAGGGCAGGCUAGAUUAUUAUAAUUUGAGUUGCAUUAUAAUAUAACUGAUAAUCCACUGUUUAUUAUCACCAGACCACUUUUCUACCAUUUAUUCAAUUUGGAGAACACAGCACAAAGAGAUAACGAAAAUGAGUAAGUUUGAAGUUACAACAAUCGACUUAGUCGAGUCUUGAGCUAAUUUGGCCGACCUGCGAUUACCUUUUCCCCGCUGAUUUUGAUUUACUCGUAAAACAUGGAGCCACAUUUAAUCUCUUCUCAAAUCUAAAUGCAAAACCAUUAACUUUCAAACAGAGUAGACUUGCAUAUACAUUGCGAGGAGCUGAUUCCUUCUUGAAGAUUUGGCUAGGAAAAUUGAAUAAAAACUAGACAGUAAUCAAGUCGUGAUUGGAGUUUCUUUGAAGUUGGGGAGCUUAGCUCAAAUCAAAGUGUUAACGCGCUUGUUCUAUCUGAUUUAGCAAGUCACUAAUAGUCCGUAGAAGUCUUUUUUAUACCUUCUUCAAUCAUAUGAAGUUGGCGAUCCGUCACGGAUACUCAACAGAGACUUAUAGUAAUCGAGAAGUAUUAGAUGGGAAAACCUCUAAAUCUACAAACUUGCAUUAAUUUCCGGAUUAUCUCGCGUCAAUCCUCAUUACCUCAUAAUUCGCUCUUCCCUAAAUACGAACUCAAUCCUCAGAAGAAAUAAGUUUGCACUCGCAUAUUUUUUCCUUUCAAUUUAUUUUCUAAAUUUAGCCAUUCUGAUUAGCAAUAGGUGAACUAGAAACUUAUGUUUUUUUAUACCAUUUUUGAUCUUGCCGUUGUUACCUUCAAUUAUAUCAAGAUUUACUUUUAUUUGUAGACUGAUAGCUGCGUAGAAAAAAUUUCUACUUGCAACAAACGACGACCUCAAAAUUCAGUCUUGCUUCUAUAAACAUGGAACGAUAUUCUUACUUCGACAAGCACGAGGCUUCAGAAGCCUCUCAUGCAUGCAGCAGUCCCGGAACCUUUUUCACCGGGACCCGGCUGAUGGGAAAUCUUUCGAUGUCCAACCGAAACUCAGUUCUCACAGAUGACAGCGGGGUCUUUGAAGACGUCAUCUCAAAAUCUGAUUCUUCUGACUCUGAGCUAUUUGGAGAUCCAAACAAUCCUUUGCUUUCAUUCUCGUCACCAGCUCCGCGGAACCGGGUAUCAGAAUCGGAGCAAGCGGAAUCACCUGAGCAACUGGAGGCAUGUAUGAACCCGCUUUAUAUGCUUGACUCAUGGCGAGAUAAUAAUUCAAGUCCCGACGAAGCCAAAAACAGCUCUAAAAAUGAUGCUCCACAAAAACAAGACACACUUAAGACGCAAUCUGAUGGCUCAACAUCAUCGGUUGAAAUAAAAAUUGACGAAAAGUCAACAUCUAAUAAAAAUCAUCCUCCUAAUUUUAUGCGACCGAAUUCCAUCGAUUUACUGUCAUUCGAUAGCUACGCUUCCACUUAUCGAAGCACUGGCGAGGAUCCAAACUUCACUGUACGUUUAAAAUGCGAGGAAACCACGCCUACGCCAGCCAAGAAACUUGUUAAUCAAUCCACUUCACUAAGCAAUAGUCCUAGAAAGCAGUUUCACUUCAGUCCUACAAGCCCUGGAGAUUCCUACAAAUAUGACAACCACCGGAGAAGUAGCCAGCAUAACCGAAGACGAAUAUCGUCGAUUGAAUGCGACAGCGUGGAAGCGCUUAACGUCGAUGAAAGCUCGAAUUCCUUGUCACAAUUAAACAUCUACCUCGACGACGGAUGCACAUCUUCAGAUGCACAAGAGUCCACUCUCACUUACUGCUUCGAUGGCUUCUAUGAGGACAACCCCUUCACCCUCCUCCAAGGUUGCCAACUUACUAGCCCAACAAAUAGCAAUGCAAGCAACAACAACAAUAACAUCCCAGCCAAAGCCAAACAUAAUUCCACAAGACGCAAGACCAAGUCAUCUUCUGACACAUCUAGUCAGCUAAGGAGCCAACAGCCACGCGUGGAACCCAGAUACGAGAAGGCACAUCUCUAUCCCAAGAAAUAUGGCAAAACGGAUAACAUGCCGGAGCACCAGAUAUACGUGGAGCUACACCAACUGGAGGAAAUGCUUAAGGAGCUGCAGCACAAGGGAACCCAGAUCGAACAUGUGCUACAUUGCAUUGCCAAAGAGUCGGGUGCUAAGACUAGAUGUGAGGAGAGUGUAUUGCUGGGAGAGUGGCUGGAGUUGGUGAGGAGUAAGAACAGGAUAGUCAGGAGGGAGAAUGAGUUGAUGCACAUUCUGAACCAGAGGGAACUGGAGGAGAUCCAAGAGGCCAUCACCGACAAACUCAGACACCUCAUGACAGCACAACCCAAAACGGAGGUCGAAACAGCUGAAGAAGAAAGACUGUUGGCCAACUUACUCCAGGUGGUCGAAAAGAGGAAUGGAAUCGUGCAAAUAUUGGAACAGGAUCGACUCAAUGAGGAGUUGGAGGACCAGAAGUGUGAGGACCUGUUGUCACCAGAAAAGUUACGAGACGCAACUACAAGGCAGAAAACUUGGCGAUCAAUUAUGUCAAAUUUCCGGGAAUCCAAAUGGGCCAAAAACGUCAAAGCUUAUUACAGCUCUAGCUCAAGAAAUUCACAAUACUAAAAACACUAAACCAAAAACAGCAAAAGCUAAUUUUAUAAAUAAAGUUAACUCAGUAAAGAUGUAUGUA